AUGUGGGUAAAACCACAAGAAGUUUUUUUGAAGACAGCACUUUGGGAUUGUGAUGAGACAAGUCUUUAUUUUGUUUUACAACGGCGCAAAGGGCAUGGAAAAUCUAGAGGUUUAUCUUCAUUAUUAGUGGGUACCCUAGACAGUGUUAGGGAUACAAAACCUGCACCAUUUAGAAUUCUACAUCAAACUCCUAACUCCGAGGUGUAUUAUGUGAUAGCAACAGCUUUGACAGAGCCAGAAAUAAGGCAGGACUGGCAAUGGCUGUUUGAGAAUGUUUGUCCAACUUUACAUUCAUUUGACAAAGAGGAUGAAGUCACAGAUUUUGUAUGUUGCAAAAUUAACUCUAUCAUUGCUACAGAGCAAGAUAAUUUUACAGAAGAUGAAGAUACUAUUACUUAUAAAAAUGUUGAUAAUGAUUUCCAUCAAAGAUUUGGCAUGCCAAAGGAUGAAAAAUUAGUUUGUUAUUAUUCAUGCAGUUACUGGAAAGGAAAAAUGCCACGACAAGGAUGGAUGUAUUUAUCGGUACAUUACAUGUGCUUCUAUUCAUAUAUAUUUGGACGUAAAACAACUGUUAAGAUACGUUGGGCUGAUGUCACAGAAUUGGCAAAAACAAACAGUCUUCUGUUCCCGGAUUCAAUAAAAAUUGUCACCAGAGAUGAUGUACAUUACUUUACAAUGUUUUUAAAAAAGAAUGAAACUUAUGCUCUGAUGCAACAGUUGGCCAACAUUGCUAUGAAACAAUUAAUAGACGAUAAGUCAGGUUCCUUCAAUAUUGACAAAGAAUUACUUACAAAACUCAGUAAGAAUGUACCGAAGAAGCCGUCAUUUUUAAAAAGAGACCUUGAUGCUAAAAAGCAGUCUAAUCUAUACACAUUAAGAUUUAGAUUGCCACAAAAUGAGAAACUCGAUGGCACAGAAGAAUGUACUCUAUGGACACCAUACAAUAAAAGACAUAAUUGGGGUAGAUUGUAUUUGUCGCAGAACUUUAUUUGUUUUGAUAGUCGGGUGAGAAAUCUGGUUCGUCUGACAAUACCUUUACGGGAUGUACACCAAGUAGAACGUGCCGACUCGGGAGGUACCGGCAGCUCUGGCGACUCAGGCAGCAUCCUUGUCACCACCUCGUAUCACACAAGCUUCCUAUUCGGAAACAUAUCCGAUAGGGAGUUCCUAGUCCACAAGAUAUCCGAGCUAUUAGCUAAGUUACCUAAGGAAAAGGCAACGCUGGCUGUAGCGCGGAAGGAAGAUGGUGAGAAGGGAUGGACGUCUCAGCCACCAUUGAUGACGCUCUUCAAAACUAACCAGACAUCGCCUAUCCGUCAAAUACAACUAAAAAAGGUAAAACAAUGGGAAGAUCACAUGUCAGAAGUUGGUCGCGGUGUCAGUAUGUACCAAACUACAGCUGGCAGCGAACUGGUGGUGAAUGGCAUACCAGAGUCCUUACGAGGUGAACUAUGGAGCGUGUUCUCUGGCUCCAUUUUACAGAAGGCACAGAACAAAGGACUCUACGAGAAGUUGGUCAAUGAAGCACUGUCUUCCAAAAACCCAGUCAACGACGAAAUCGAGAGGGAUUUGCACAGGUCACUUCCGGAACAUCCAGCUUUCCAGAAUGAUGUUGGCAUAUCUGCGUUACGCCGCGUGUUAUGUGCAUACGCUUUAAAAAAUCCAGCCAUUGGUUAUUGCCAAGCGAUGAAUAUAGUAGCUUCGGUGUUGCUUAUCUAUUGUCCAGAAGAGCAGGCCUUCUGGUUGCUGGCAACUAUUUGCGAGACAUUACUACCCGACUAUUAUAACACUAGGGUGGUCGGUGCUUUGGUGGACCAAGGCGUAUUAGAAGAAUUGACUAAGGCACAUUUGCCGGAGCUUCACGCGAAGCUUGACGAGCUUGGAGUUAUGAAAAUGAUAUCAUUGUCUUGGUUCCUUACUUUGUUCAUCAGUGUAAUGCCUUACGAAUGUGCCGUCAAUGUUAUGGACUGCUUCUUCUACGACGGCGCCAAGGUUAUAUUCCAGGUAACCCUCACGAUCUUAGAUAUAAACCGCGAUAAACUACUCAAGUGCACGGAAGACGGUCAAGCUAUGCAAAUCCUCAACGAUUACUUGGAAGGAAUAUACAAUGACGAAGCGGUAGCUUUAUCCACAGAACCCAGGACGGCGGAUAGGACGAUAAGGAUUCAAGAUUUGGUGUACCAAGCGUACAGGACGUACGGCGGUAGCGUGACCAGUGAGUGUAUAGAACAUUUAGGACUAAAACACCGCCUCAGAGUAGUCAGGCAUCUCGAAGAUAGCCUCGAGAGGAACACAUUAAGAGCAUUGCAACAAGAUAAGUUGCUUGAUCCGAAUGAGUUACAGGAAUUACUGAGUGCCAUACGAGAAGAGCUUUUAUGGGCAAAACGUGUGCCAUGCGAACGCUUAGAAGCACCAUAUGAAGCUUACAGAUUAGACUAUACGCAGUUCAAAACACUGUUUUCAGCUUUAUCGCCGUGGGCUAAAGGCGAUUAUGCUGAAGCAAUCACCGCUAGAAUGUUUAAGUUAAUGGAUAACGACGACGACGGUUUCGUAAGCGCCCGCGGUCUCAGUCUCGCUCUCGGCCUGAGUUGUCGCGCCGAUGCUCAGAGGAGAUUGCGCGCGCUGUAUUGUGCGCACGCGCCGCCCCUACUCUCGCAUCUAGAGUUGAGGCCGACUCACUUCACCGAUACCGGGGAGGAAUUGGCCACUGAUGCUAUCUCUUUCUUCGACAGGUCAACUUCUGGUUCGAAGGUUGGAAAGCCUGACGAGGACACCAAAUAUUCUUACAUAGAGAAUCCUCCGAGUCCUGAACCGGGUAGUUCGUCAUUGCAAAGGUCUAUCAGCGAAGUGUGCAGUGCAGGAAACCAUAUGGACAAGUCUACUGACAGCACCCUGAGCCAGUCAGGUUCGGGUGGAAUUGGUGGGGAUAGUCAGCGCGCGGAGGCGGUACGCGCGUGCGCGCUGUCAGGUCUGCCGUCGUCGCUCCCCUCCACGCCGGCGUCAGCUUCCCCCCCACCCGCCGCGCCCCCCCUCCCCCGGGCACACUUCCUGCAACUGUUGGCGGCGCUGCACGAUCUCACACAACACGAGCCGGUGUUGUACGAAGCGGUCGUGUUAGCAGGUACACUCUUAUUGCAACUGGGCGAACUGAAUCAACGUCCCCUUUUGGAUCGAGAAAUUUCACAAGACAGCCUCUAUAUGGCGGCGGCGGCUAAACAACCACAUUUUCCUGUAAUGGACCCUAAUGGCAAUCCAACCGAAGAUCAAGAUAAACCCCAACCGUCCCCAACUAAAGACAUAGAACCUUCCGCGGAGUACUUAUGGUCUAUAACCCUUGAGCAGUUUUUGGCUACCAUGUUGGCUCAAGGGCCAAUAGAGGAGUUCUUCAAUGAGAAGGUCGCAUUGCUACCACAGCUGGAAGCGUUAAGGCAUAGAGACAGGCUGCAAUCUAUAUCUUAG